UUUUUUUUUUUUAAACUGAAGUUUCGCUUUAGAGUUGCGGAAAUCUUAAAAAGUGUUUGAGGAAAAUGCGUAGCGUUCAACGUCCGACGCUUCCGUGAGGCCGACGCUGCGCACCAUCGAGCUUCACUCCGUUCUUCUCAUUCGCCUCGCGGCAACUUUUGCCUUUAUUUUAUUUUAAUUUUUUUGUCUGCCGCUCCCUUCAAGGAGGUCUCAUUGCCGACGAUGGAUAACAAGCCCCUUCUGCAGGAACGACCCCCCGCCUAUGCUACUGUGCCUGGGAGCUACGAGUACGGGCCGCCGGGCAACUACGGGACGAUUCCAGCACCCUGUCCUCCGGCGCCCCCGCCACCCUACUCAUACCCGGAGGGUCCAGGUUUUGUGCCACCUGCAGCCCCCCUCGGCCCCGUGGCUCAACAGCCCACCUUUUCAAGCACUUACACCAUCGUCCAGCCCUCUGUGGUGGUUGUGGGCGGCUGCCCAGCCUGCAGGGUUGGGGUCCUCGAGGAUGACUUCACCUGCUUGGGCAUCCUGUGUGCCAUCAUCUUCUUCCCCAUCGGCAUUCUCUUCUGCCUGGCCCUCCGCCAGAGGCGCUGUCCGAACUGUGGAGCCACUUUUGGGUGAAGGGCCGAGACAAGGUGCCAAACCCUCUGCCAUCCUUUUGCACUGGAUGGUCCUUUAUAUAUCUAUAAAAAAAAGAUUUUCUUUCUCUUUAUACUCUUGAUUGUAUGUUGAUGAUGCCCGUGCCAAUGCCACGCAAGCACGUACGCCCACAGUCCUGCAUCGCAACUUUGACUGGCAGGAAUUCACUUUUUUUUUUUUUUGCAUGAGAAAUGAAUUGGUGGCAGGUGUGCCAACCUGGAGUUACUUGUAAUGUAGCCGUGCCAGCUGCCUCCCUGGUCCAUGGUGCCUUUCCAAACAAGAGAAACUUUAAUAAGACGAUGCUUGGCACGCA